AUGGAUGGCGGCGCCACCGGCAGCGAACAUGUAGGUCAAGCCACCAGCGCAGAAGCGGGCAAGAGCGAGGAGGGUGGCGGCGGCAUCAAGGGAUUGCGCGAAACGGUGAAGACGAUGGGGCGCCUCGUGUUGGCUGACUCCCGCGAGCUCCAGGACGUCGCCGAGGUCGUGUUCAAGCGGUUCGAGGUCAACGAGGGCAGGCUGUCGGAGAUGCACGAGGCCAUCGGCGAGGCAUACAACGCUCAGUCCAAGGUGCUGCGCGACGAGGUGCAGGCGGGCGAGCAGGUCGACUCCGAGGCCUGCGGCCCUCCGUGCGUGGCAGUGUUCGCGGCGUCAGUGAAGCGGUGGGGCACGGAGGGCAACCUGGCCAACGCGGAGAUCACCAAGGGCUUCGCGGACCCAUGGAAAGAUGUGAUCAUGACGAGCACCCCGGGCAAACUGACGGCGCUGGUGCCCUACUUCCGCUGGAAGCCGAACAAGGGCAAGCCCGACAAUGACAAAGACAAGAAGGACAAGGGCGACAAGGGCGACAAAGGGAAAGUGAAAGACACGGGCAAGGGUCAGAUCAUGUACGCGGUGGAUCUCUCCUACGUUCACGGGCAUAACGCGAUAAGGGAGAUGAAUGGAGUAUACAAGGCGCGAGCGGCUCCACCAGGGCCGUUGCUCAGGGCCCUCUCCCAGAUGAUCCACGACAUGUGA